AUGGCUUCAGACACUCAUCCCUCAACUCGAUUCGACGUCUUCAACGACUCGUGCAACACCAGUUGUGACGAUAGUGACAGAUCGAGUCUUGACCUCGAAAGCAGUUUGCUUCCUCUCAGUGACAUCUCCGUUUCCCAUGCUCAAAACCGCCAAUCAUUAGGUUCAGCCUCUGCCGUGGAAUCACUCGCUACCGCCCUCAAGGAGUUUCACAUUGGCGAGUCGCCAGAACGCGUUCAAUACAAGGGCAAGGCAAUUGGUCUGAAGGCCAUCAAACAGUCUAUUGCCCGCUCCAGCAUUCAACCUCUAGCAGCUGCUGCUGCAUAUAACCCCAUCAAAGUCCUCGAGACAGUGCCUGAAGAUAGCAGCAGCCAGGAAGGCUCAUCCACCAUCGCGGCUGACAGCGUUUCAGAUCGCAGCCAGCACUAUAUCCAGAUCCCAGUGGACCAGUAUACUCAUCAUCCUCUGUCUGAAGCCGCGCGCAACCUAUCAUCGUUCGAGGAACAGCUGGCCAAACAUCGCAGGGAGGAAUAUGAGUGGGUGAUGACUAUCAAGGUAGCCGAGCCGUUACCCAUUGACACGGAAUCUACACAAGCCGAGCCAGCAACCAGUCGUGCAACUACUAGGCUCUACUUUGGCUGCAACUUGCUCCCAGACCAACCCGAUACAGAUCUACUAGAACAAACCUCUUAUAGUCUCCUCGUGACGCCACUCGAGGGUAAUGCACAACUGGACGCAGCAACCGAGUUGGAAGACGACGAGAUGAUGGCCUUGACAGGAUAUAAUGCUGUUGAGCAAGUCAUGCCCUUGCAGCCUGUGGACCAGAAACCCGAAGUCUGCGUUGCGGAAAUCUCCCUGGAAGACGCCAAAUCUGACGACGCCAAGUCUUUCGGCGGUGAUAGUUCAGUGGGAGCCGCGUCAGUUGUGAUGGAGGAACCUCUUGCUCGCAUUGAAGAUUCUGUGGAGGCACUCGAUCAACUAGAGGAACAGCUUGAGGCAUUUGAUCUUGCAGCUUGUAUGAGAGACCUUGUCACACAUGCUCCCAGCAAGUCAUUGCCUAAUCAGACAUGUCCUUCAACCGCACCAACUCCUAGUAAGAGUAAGGAAGCAGCACCUCAGAUCCAGCAUAGAUCACCAAGGACAGAUGUUUCUGCUCUGAGAGUGAACACAUUCCACUCAACUCGUUCGCCAACUGGGCGCAGGUCGGGUUCAAUGGCAGGCAUGGAUGCCCCCAAGCUACUCGAUUCACCCAAGCUCAAGGUAGAGGACAAGCCUCUGGUCCAGGCUCCUGUUAAGAAAGCUGCACCAAAGCUGACGAGCCUCUUGCCGCCCAAACAGCCGGCCAAGUCGACAAAGCCUCCGACUGUCCCCACCUUUGAACUUCCAGGAGAAGCAGUGGCUCGUCGCCUCAAGGAGCAGCGAGAGGCACGACUUUCAAUGGCAGCAAACGCAAAGAAGCCGGAAGCGACACCCAAGUCGAGUCUGAGGCGCACUAAGUCCGCGAAACCUCCUACACGGCCUGACUUUGAGCUCCCUGGAGAAGCCAUCUCGCGACGUAAACGAGAGGAGCGGGAGGCCAAGCUCAAGGCCGAGGAGGAAGAGGAACGCAAGCGUCGUGAGUUCAAGGCAAAGCCAAUCCGAAUGGGAGGUGUGGCUAGUUACGUCCCUCGUGACACGGCUACCAGCCGGGCACGACAGAACAAGCCCACGGAUGGCGCAGCACAAACAUCUCCAAGCCGCCACAAGCUGUCCGCGGCUCCAACCUCUGUCUCUGCUGGUGCUCUCAAGACAUCAACUGAUCAGAUGCAAACUCGUGGCCGACAUCCCGCCACAGGUUCGUCUCAAGAAAGUCGUGCAACUUCUAGCUCCAAUGGUAGUGUCAAUGGCAAGCGCAGCUCGGUGUCUAUUGAAGAUGUCCAGGCCCAACGGGCGCGGGGGAAGGAGAUUUUGCAACGCGACGGAAUGUUUGCCCAAGACAAGCAGCGUGAAAAGCGUGAGCGGGAAGCGCUUGCCCGCCUUGCAAGAGAGCAGGCUGCUGAGCGCUCGCGUCAGCUUAGUCGCGCAUGGGCCGAGAAGCAGAAGCAAAAGCGUAUGACUAUCGGCUCUGUCCGAGAUGUUGUCGCCUCGUCAUCCUGA